CGUCAAGGUGGAUGACAGCAUUCUGCUGCGACGCGCUGCCAGCUGGGCGGCGGUGGUAGCGGCAGAGGCAGCGGCAGCGGCAGCCGGGGCGGCAGCGGCGUUCGACUCGACCGCCGCAGACAGCGGUAGCGGUAAGGAAGGAAGGGGUUCCGCCCUGGCCGGCGGGCGGAGGGGCAGAGUCCCCGCCGCGGCUCGACUGUGCCCUCCGUCCGGGCUGGCUCGCAGUUACCGCCGGCGACCGCAACCGAGAGAAGUUGGGGGGUCCCACCGGACCCUAGGGCCCCGGACUCCGGCGUCUCUGUGAUCCCGCGGAAGCCUGCUCCCUGCGGGCCGCCGCCUCCUCCGGGGCUCCGCAUCGGGUUUCCAGACUUAUAGGAUGGCUAACCAUUAAUGGAAGGAAAAGCAUAAGUCUAUCGUCCAUUAUGGAGGCAGGCUUAGCAGAUGGAGAACCUGACAGAUCUUCGCUUCUUGGUGAUAGCAAAGAUGUCCUUGGGCCAUCAACUGUUGUAGCGAACAGUGACGAACCUCAGCAUUUGACCCCAGGAAAGAUGAGUCAGCGCCAAGGUAGAGAAGCUUACCCAACCCCAACUAGAGAUCUGCAGCAGCCUUCUUUCAGCCCUGCCAGCCUUCACAGCCAGGGUUUUGAAAGAGGAAAAGAAGACAUUUCUCAAAAUAAAGAUGACUCUUCACUUUCAAUGUCAAAGAGCAAGUCUGAAUCUAAACUAUAUAAUGGCUCUGAAAAGGACAGCUCAACUUCAAGUAAGCUCACUAAGAAAGAGUCUCUUAAGGUACAAAAGAAAAAUUACCGUGAAGAGAAGAAAAGGGCCACGAAGGAGCUGCUCAGCACCAUCACAGACCCCUCUGUCAUUGUCAUGGCCGACUGGCUGAAGAUUCGUGGUACCCUGAAGAGCUGGACCAAGCUGUGGUGUGUGCUGAAACCUGGGGUGCUUCUGAUCUAUAAAACACAGAAAAAUGGUCAGUGGGUUGGAACAGUUCUUCUGAAUGCUUGUGAGAUCAUCGAACGCCCAUCAAAAAAGGAUGGCUUUUGUUUCAAGCUUUUCCAUCCUUUGGAGCAGUCUAUUUGGGCAGUGAAGGGUCCAAAGGGUGAAGCUGUUGGAUCCAUAACUCAGCCUUUACCUAGCAGUUACUUGAUUAUCCGAGCUACUUCAGAGUCAGAUGGAAGGUGCUGGAUGGAUGCUUUGGAGUUGGCUUUGAAAUGUUCUAGUCUUCUUAAACGUACCAUGAUCAGGGAAGGGAAGGAACAUGACCUAAGCAUUUCAUCAGAAAGCACACAUGUGACUCUGUAUGGUUUACUGCGUGCUAACAACCUCCACAGUGGUGACAACUUCCAGUUGAAUGACAGUGAGAUUGAAAGACAGCACUUUAAGGACCAAGACAUGUAUUCUGAUAAAUCUGACAAAGAGAAUGAUCAGGAGCAUGAUGAGUCUGACAACGAGGUGCUGGGGAAAAGCGAAGAGAGCGACACAGAUACGUCGGAAAGGCAAGACGACUCGUACAUUGACCCUGAGCCUGUGGAGCCUUUAAAGGAGACCACCUACAUGGAGCAGAACCAUGAAGAGCUGGGAGAGGCAGGUGAGGCUUCUCAAACAGAAACUGUGUCUGAAGAAAACAAAAGCCUUAUCUGGACUCUGCUCAAGCAAGUUCGUCCCGGCAUGGAUCUGUCCAGGGUGGUUCUUCCCACGUUUAUUUUGGAGCCCCGUUCUUUCCUGGAUAAACUUUCAGAUUACUACUACCAUGCUGAUUUCCUGUCUGGAGCUGCUCUGGAAGAAAAUCCAUAUUUCCGUUUGAAGAAAGUCGUGAAGUGGUAUUUGUCAGGAUUUUAUAAGAAGCCAAAGGGGCUGAAGAAACCAUAUAAUCCUAUCCUUGGAGAGACUUUCCGAUGUUUAUGGACUCACCCCAGAACAAACAGCAAGACCUUCUACAUUGCUGAGCAGGUGUCCCAUCACCCACCAGUAUCUGCCUUUUAUGUCAGUAACCGGAAAGAUGGAUUUUGCCUUAGUGGCAGCAUCCUGGCUAAGUCCAAGUUUUAUGGAAACUCAUUAUCUGCGAUAUUGGAAGGGGAAGCCCGGCUAACGUUCUUGAACAGAGGUGAAGAUUACGUCAUGACGAUGCCGUAUGCUCACUGUAAAGGAAUUCUUUAUGGCACAAUGACACUGGAACUUGGUGGAACUGUCAAUAUUACCUGUCAGAAGACUGGAUACAGUGCGAUACUUGAAUUUAAACUAAAGCCAUUUUUAGGGAGUAGUGAUUACGUUAACCAAAUAUCAGGGAAACUUAAGUUGGGAAAAGAAGUUCUAGCUACAUUGGAAGGCCAUUGGGAUAGUGAAGUUUUCAUUAAUGACAAAAAGACCGAUAACUCAGAGAUUUUUUGGAAUCCAACUCCUGACAUUAAGCAGUGGAGAUUAAUAAGGCACACGGUAAAGUUUGAAGAACAGGAUGAUUUCGAAUCAGAGAAACUUUGGCAGCGAGUGACAAAAGCUAUAAAUGCCAAAGACCAGACAGAAGCUACUCAAGAAAAUAUGAUACAAUUUGAAAAAGAUGGAGUUAUCCAGACCAAAGUGAAACAUCGCACUCCAAUGGUUAGUGUUCCAAAAAUGAAACAUAAACCAACAAGGCAGCAGAAAAAAGCGGUAAAAGGCUAUUCUUCCCCGGAACCUGACAUCCAGGAUUCAUCUGGAAGUGAAGAUCAAUCUGUAAAACCAAGUACACGAAGAAAGAAGGGGAUAGACCUGGGAGACAUUCAGAGUUCCAUUGAGUCUAUAAAGCAAACACAGGAAGAAAUUAAAAGAAAUAUUAUGGCUCUUCGAAAUCAUUUACUUUCAAGUACACCUGCUACGGAUUAUUUUCUGCAACAGAAAGACUACUUCAUCAUUUUCCUUCUGAUUUUGCUUCAAGUUAUAAUAAACUUUGUAUUUAAGUAGAAGUUUUCAAAAGUUGAAUCAAUGAACUAGAAAGAUUAGAUGUGACUGGGACCAAUGUUCAAAUUGGUUUGCUAUUCAUUAAAGUAUCACAAUAUUUCUGAAUCAA